AUGGACGUCAGGUUCUACCCGGCUCCCCCCUCCAGCGUGGGUGCGUGCACGUUAGCGCCUGAUUCCACUUUGGACUAUUACCACUCCAACAAGAGCAGAUACGUUGGUGCAGAUCGAGGUGUGAGGCUCUACAGUUCUCUGCCCAUGCGCUCCAACCCUGACGGCAAGAGACUGCCAUCUCCUGGAUUUGAUGGUGACAACAUGUACAUGAAUGAAAACAACCAUGAGUUCCUCCCGCCCAGCCAGAACUACACAACUCAGACUGGUGGCGGUAACGGCAGUAAUGGUGGAGGAGCUGGAGGUGGCGGCGGUGGCGGAAGCGGUGGCGGCGGAACAACAAGCGGCAAUGGAGCCGGGGACGAAGACUACGAGAUCCCUCCCAUUACUCCGCCCAACCACCCGGAGCCUCCUUUGCUACACCUGAUGGAGCACGACUCCACGGGCUACCUCUGCCACUCGCUGUCACACAACGGCCUCAUCAACCCUUAUUCCUACCCGGAAUUGCCCACCCUCAUGAUGUCUAACAUGCUAGCGCAAGACAGCCAGCUCGUGUCCGGACAGAUGCCAUCGAUGCACGAGAUGGCUAUGCACCACCACCAUCACCACCUCCACCAACAACAGCAACACCACCACCAUCACCACCAGCAGCACCACCCAGAUGGCGCUCGUUACGAUCCCGCCCGUAACCACCCACUGAUUAACCGUUCGCCUCCGAUAUUGGCCAAUCCGAUGAGCGCGCUCUCACAGCUGAACCCUCAGCUGGGUCGAAGCGCACUUCCCCACGGUUCCCCCUCACCUCCCGGGAGCAAAUCGGCAACGCCCUCCCCUUCCAGUUCCAAUCAGGAAGAGGAGACCGAUCCUCAUUUGAAGAUGACAGGUGAAAAACGGCCAUCCUCCGAGAUGAUGAAGCCCAAGCCCAAACCGCAGAAGAAAAAGAAGAAGAAGGACCCUAACGAGCCCACCAAGCCCGUGUCGGCAUACGCGCUCUUCUUCAGGGACACUCAGGCAGCCAUUAAAGGGCAGAAUCCCAAUGCCACAUUUGGAGACGUGUCUAAGAUCGUCGCUUCCAUGUGGGACGGCCUGGGAGAGGAGCAGAAACAGAACUACAAGAGGAAAACAGAAGCGGCUAAAAAGGAGUACCUGAAAGCCUUGGCUGCCUACAGAGCUAGUCUGGUUUCCAAGACAUAUAACGACCCGGCGGAGCCCAAAAGUGCCCAAACAAGCCAGGCGUCUCCUCACAUGUUGCCCAACUCCUCCCUGUACAGUGUGCCGCCUCCUCCCCAGCCUUCAUCCCCUUACCUGGGCCCGGGGGCCUUCCCUCUGGCCGACCUGCAGAGCUACGCCGGCCACGCCCCACGCCACACCCUCUCACAGACGCUCAGCCAAUCGCAGAUGCUGCCCAGCAUUAGUGCCUCUCCGCCCUCCUCCUUCCAGAUCAGUCCGCCGCUCCACCCCCACCAACAGCUGUCUCUUCACCAGAGCUCUCUGCUCAACCAGCCAAUCCGCAUGCAGCAGGUCCAAUCCCAGCCAAUCAUCUCUCACCAGAUAGGCCUGCAGGCCCCGCUCCACUCCCCGCCUCCUGGCCAACAGGGCUUUCCCCACCUUCAGUCAGAGUAUCAAAAGAGCAUUGGAGCCCCGCAUUCUCCAGGAGGGUCCGGGGGUCCCGGUCCAGGGCCGGGGGUCGCUCCGGGACACGACUGGGAUGGGGAAUACUGCAAUCGGGAGUGCGGCAACCACUGCAGUUCUGCCGGCAGCAUGAUAGGCAGGGACAAGCCCCUCUACCUCACCUGA